AUUGUCCUGUCUCAGUUUCCGUACAAACCAAGAGGUCAAGGACUCUGAGGGGCGGAACUUCAAGUGACAGAUUGCAGCUGUUUCCAGUUCCUUAACUGCACUCCGUGUCAACAUCAAAUGAGGUACAGAGGGGACCUGCUAGUGGUUAAGUAUGGGAGUCGUUUUUGCCGAUCUCAGAUCUCAGGGCGGUACUGGUCAGAUGUUCUUGCCACGCGGUUGUACUGCACCCAGAGCCCAAAGGACCCACCCAGCAAGCCUCCGUUGCUCCAGACCAGCAUAAACACCUUGCAAAAGGUGACCGAAAUGGGUAAACAAUUUGGGCAGAACAGUGCCAAGCAGAUAGCAGCAUCCACAAACUCAUUGUGGGCAAGAUAUGAAGAGUUUGUGGGUCUGAACGAAGUCCGGGAGGCACAGAAUAAAGUCACAGAGGCUGAGAAGGAGUUCAUGGUGGCCAGAGGGAUCGUCCGAGAGUCCCAUGAGAGCCUGGAGAACCUGCAGUUGAAACUGAAAGAGAUUCGUGAUCGGCUGGACCGAGUCUCCAGAGAGGAGGCCCAUUACCUGGAGCUGGCCACCUUGGAGCACAAACUGCUGCAGGAAGAGCGACGUCUCCGGACUUCGUAUGAAAAUGCAGAAGAAUCUGAGCGUGUGAAAUUCUCUUUAUUUUCGGUGGCGGUGCGCGAGAGCCACGAGAAGGAGCGCACGAGGGCCGAAAGGACGAAAAACUGGUCCGUCAUCGGUUCAGUACUGGGGGCCUUAAUCGGGGUGAUGGGUUCCACCUACAUCAACAGGGUACGACUACAGGAACUGAAAACCCUUCUGCUGGAGGCCCAGAAAGGACCAAUAAGCCUUCAGGAAGCCAUCAAGCAGCAGGCUGCCAUGCACAACUCCCAACAGGAAGAGCUGAGUAGUCUUAUCACCAACAUGCGGAGAACGAUGGGGGAGGAUGUGAAAGUAGAGGCACCAGCCAAGCCAUGGAUACCCACAGUAAGCAAGCCCACUGAGGCUGCCCAGCACUCUGAGGCUGCCCAGCGCUCUGAGGCUGCCCUCAAAGAGCAGCUAAUCUACAGCAAGAAGACCCAAAGCCUAGUGGAAGACCUUCAGCCUAAAUUACAAAAGGUGGAGCAGACCAUGGGUAGGAUGGUGUCCGAGCUGCAGUCGGUGAGGGUGGCUGUCCAAUCUCGCCCCACGGAGAGACCCAUUAUAAAGGCGGAAGAGGUGCAGGUCUUGGAUGCUGAAGAUGUUAUGAGCGGAUUGGCCAAAAUGGAACAGAGGAUAGAGGCACAAAUGCAAAAAAACACGGUGUGCAGCACAGUGCUGACAUACACUGCCUUUGCAUUGACACUACCUGUACUCUAUUUCAUAUUCAAAGGCAAUUGAGAAACAGUGAUAUAGGGGGUUAUACUGCAUCUACCUGUACAUACACUGGUCUAAACAAGCAGAGAAAGCAAUAUUCAGUAUAUGCACACAGGCACUCUAUUUCAGUUUCAAUGUGUUUGUGUCUGGUGUGAUCACAUAUAAUUGACGUACAGUAUGGAGGAUGGACAAAAAGACAGGUAUAGAAGGAAACAAUUGGGCCCCUGUUCACCAGUAUAGACUGUAAUAUCAGAUAUUUAUAUAUUACCAUCCCCAGAUGGAAGAUCAUUACAGCAGCUCUUGGCCCCCUAUUUACUUCUGGCUGCUAAAAAACGUCAUCAUUUUAGUCUAGAUUAGGCUGCACAUACAACACUAGCUGCCAAGUAGUGAUCUUUACAUACAUGUGAAGCUGCCGGUGCUGCUUCAGAUUUUGGAAUCAAGUCCUCAACAUCAAGGUAUUGAGCAAUUCGGAAAUGCUGACAACUUGCAUCCACAGUUUGCUGUUCAUAACUUGUAUUAUUGUACCCCGUUUUUUCAGAGUGGUUGACAAAGUGUUUGCGGGAAUGUUGAAAUCUGCAGCAACAUCUUUCUUUUUCGUGCACGGUGGUGCAUUAUCCACCGCUUUCAACACGUCCACUUUUGUCUGCAAGGAUAGAGCACAUUUCUGCACUGCUUUGUGGAAAUGGCAUUGAUGCAUUAGCACUAUGGCAAGUCGAAAUGCACCAUAGGAUCUUUAGCUCCAAAACAGCACUAAAAUAUGCUAAUCUGGAUAAAAGUUAAUACAUUUCCUGAAUAUCCUUUAUUCAGCUGUUCAGAAUUUUCCUCCUGGAGGAGGCUUCAAAGUAAUUUGCACCAACAGAACAUUUGUGUAAGUGAAUUGGUAUUAUAAGAAGUAAUUUACAAUAAGCGACUGCUAAAUUUGACCUGGACCAGGUAGAAACUUUGUAGUGUCAGGAAAUUCCUUUAAUCUAAUCUGAGUUUGUUUCAAUGAGAAUUGAUUGUAUGUAGAUGCCUUUAAGAUGCAAUGUGAAUGCAGGUAGUUAUGUUGUACCUUUAGUAAGGUGAUGCUCCACACUGUUCUCCACUGUGGUGGACUUCGUUCAGACCUUCCAAUUGGACUUUGUGUUGCUUUAUCUCAGGCAGGUAGGCAGGCCAGGGGGUUGGCUAGGUACUAAUGAGAUACAUGGUAUGAAGAGACAAGUUCCUUAUAUAGUGGGGCCUAUUCACUACACUUUUGACUUUCACUUUGGUUUAAGACUGUUGGGUAAAAGGAUAAUUCAGAUCAUUUGGAAGCUUUUCAGAAGCAUCUCAUGUCCUUCGUCUCUUGAGGCCAAAUCACUGUAAUAAAUGAGCCCGGUACUCUCUUCAAUAGUCCACAGCCAAAAAUCAUUACACAUUUUUGCACAAUUCGUUUAUACAGAUGUAUGGGUUCAUUUGAAAUAAGCUAAUUUGCUUGAAGGUUGUGGAUUCAUAACAUUACUGAUUUACUGAAAAAAAAGCUAAAAUAAUCUACUUUGAUUUGAAAAUUAAUUCAGAAAAAAAUAAUUACGAGUGCAAAAUCAUUGUCUGUAUCGAGACCCAAGGGAAUAUUUUGUUUUAUUAUUUUAUGGCAUGUCCUGAGAUUUCCCAAGAUAUCUUUUUGGAAUUUCAAAAACACAGGAAUUAAGUAUGUUCUAUUCAAAAGAGGCAGUGCAUUUGUUAAAAAAAAA